AUGCCGGUCGCGCUUCCAGAAAUCUUUAGCCAGAUCCCCCGGUAUCCGAUCCUCUACCCGCAUCCAUCUCCCAUUCAUUACCUACCGGCUAUUUCGAAGCUCAGAGGCAGGAACUUCUAUUUCAAACGCGACGACCAAGCCUCUCCACUCGCAUGUUCAGGCAAUAAAUACCGCAAACUGGAAUACAUCGUUCCAGACAUUCUUUCAGAUGAUCCCAAAUAUUUUCGCCACGAAAAGCAUCCAGAGAGCAUUCAACGCAACGACCGCCGAAUGUCCAUGCUCGUCACCGAGGGAGCCGUGCAGAGCAACCACAUGGUCCAAGUUGCUGCAUUGGCUUGUAAGCUAAACAUGAAAUCGUACCUCCUCGCAGGUCAGGGUGUAGGAGGGGGCCUCACAACAAGCCGUAACCCCGUGGCGUUCGCCCGCCUCGGAAACUCCCAUAUCAACCGGAUGUUCACCCACGGCAUCCGAGGAUUGGAUCCAGGCCAUCCACUCGUCGAUGAUGCAGAGCCCAUGCUCGAAGAGUUACGCUUUCGAGGUGAAAGGCCCUACUGGAUUCCUGGCGGGGCAAGUCUUCAUCCACUCGGUGGACUAGGUUACGCGCGGGCGGCAUUUGAAAUCGUCGAACAGGAGGCUGAGAUGGAGCUCGGUGGAUCGGGUCGAUUCGACAUCAUUGUUGUUGCGUGUGGGAGCGGCAGCACGGUCGCCGGACUGAUUGCCGGAUUCAAGCUGCAAGAGAAGUUGCGUAAUGAGAAGGAUGAACAGGAUCGGAAGGAGAAGGGUGCAAUCAAAGAUGAACGUCGCCGACCUCCUCAACGAAAGGUUGUUGGCGUGCUUGUCUCGCCUACCAACCCGCGCUCGUAUCAUGAAGAACGGGUGCUUCGAUUUGCGCGGCAGGCCGGUGGCCUCAUUGGGCUUGAUCCAGAGCAGGAUAUCACGAUGGAGGACGUGCACCUUGAUGAUAAGUUUGUUGGCCCGGGGUAUGGUAUCUACGACGAGGACACAAAGUGGACCGUUGAGCAUUUCGCAGCGGUGGAGGCUAUUCUUCUUGACCCGGUGUACACUGGAAAGGCUGCCAGGGGUAUGAUCGAGGCUGACUACCAGUGGGAAUACCUGGGGAAAUCUGUAUGCGUGCAGCAAGAUCCCAACAUUCUGUUUAUCCAUACUGGAGGACAGAAUACGCUCAGUGCGUACACAAACGGAACUGUGAGUCAGUCCCCAUUUUGUCAGUGCGCUUCUGCGCCGGACUUGAACUCGCCGGAUCUCUACGACAAGUACAUGUGA